AUGGCUGAAAGUGGUAAUUCCAGUCUUUUCCGAUGGAGGAGAAUCAAUCAACCUGCAAAGGCUGGGAGUAAAUAUAAAACUAGCUAUACGGAAAAUGAUCAUUUGGAUGAAUUAAUUCAGGAAGUAAAUAAUCAAAUCGAUCCUAGUCUAUUCGCACAUGUAACCGGUCAUGCUGAUUUAUCCGCCUAUGAUUAUAUACAAGACGACGAUUCAGCUCAAGCUGAAGCUAAAGAAAUUCUAGAUAAUUGGAUGAAUGAAAAAUUUACUGGUGAUAUGCCUAUUGUAGAUGAAGAUUAUUCUCAUAUCGAUCAAGAUUCUUAUGAUGUUGGCUUUCCGUUAGUGGGAGAUGAUCUUGACGAGACAGUUGCUGUACAAAAGGUAUUGGAUGAGCUAUUGAAGAAACCUCUGCAAGGUAAAGCUUUCCGAGACUUAGGAUUAGAAACCCAUAAAAAAACAAAUAAUCCUAAAACAAGAAUGGAGAUUCGACAACAACAGAUGAAGCAAAAAUGGGAAGCACGUAGACAGAAAGAAGCUAAAGCAAAGCAGUUAAUUACCAAGCGUCAGGAAGCUACAAAGGAAGCUAAAAAAAUAGUAGAUCACGAAGAAAAGCAUAAGCUUGCCCGUGCUAGACGAGAAGAACAAGAAAUUAAUCGUGAAAUGGUACGUAUACGGAAACUAAUGGCAGAGCAAGCGCGCGCAGAGCAAGAACAACGAGAAAGGGAGGAAUUUAUGCGUAUGGAAGCAGAAAGUAGGGCUAAACAAGAUAUUGAAAGUAGUAACACGAUGAGGCUUGAAAUCGAUAGAGAGCAACGCAGGAAGGAGCAACAAGAAUUAGACAAAAGGAGAAGAUUGCUUAAAAUUAAAGAAAUGCAUGCUAAGCGUAAUUUAAUGGUAACUAAAUUGACAAUGAAAAUGCUUUUACGUAGGCAUUUCUCCGCUUGGUAUACAAUUUUGGCUGAAAAGCAUCUUAAAAUUGGUAAAAUCAGAGCAAUAAUGGACUUUAAAUUCAAGUUGAAAGUCUGGAAUGCGUGGCGAUCUUACGUUCGCAAUACUAACGCUGAACGAGAGACGUAUGCAUUUCAAAAAUCUAUGAGAAAGGUCAUCCGAAACGAACAAAUUGCAAUCGAACAUUGGCGAAUUAAUGUAUUACAGCAAUGCUUCAUGGCUUGGUAUCAUUGGAGUCGGACAGCAUUACAGCAACGAAUGGAAGAAAUGCAACAUAGAGUCAAAAAGAAAAAGAUGGCGGCGUUUUUAGAAGCUGCUGCUACUGGAAAAUUAUGGAAUAAGGAUGAACCUACAGGAAAGCAGGCUAAAAGUAUUCCUUCUGCAAAUGUUGCUGAUGAUGACAUGAGAUACGAAAUUGCUAGUGUCAUUGAAGGAAAAUUAACAUCUGGUAAAUCAAAUAUUGCGCAUACAGAAUCCAAGCACAGAAAAAAUCAAGUUAAAAUAGAUCACAACGUCGGUCAGGACCAAGGCCCAAAAUCUGCUUGGAGUAAAAGUAAAAUUUCUAAAUCAUAUGGCCAGAAAAGUUCUGUAUACAGUUCUAAACCUAAAAGCAGGCCUCAAGAAAAGACAAAUAUCGAAGAAUAUGAUGAUGGUACAAGACCUUUCUUUAGCAAAGCAACAAAAUCAUCAAAAUCAACGAAAUCGCCGAGAUAUGAUGAAAUAAAGAUUGAGAAUAUUGAUGCAGAAGCCUAUUCUGAAUUUAACGAAGAAGUAAAUGAUAUUAACGAUGCUGUUUUGGACGAUACGAACAGUGAAACUUAUCUACCAAACUCUCGUCGUUCGAUUCAAGAUGAUACAGUCAAUAAAACGGAAAGAGAAGAUGUGAAGAGCAACCCCAAUAUUGAGUUAAACGAUGACAAGGCCACAAUUAGUAAUCUACCCUCUAAUUUACCUACUGUUGGUGAAAAAGUAAAUUAUAAGCAUAUAUCGCGGGAUACUGCUAUAGUUAAAAAAAAUCAUCGUAUUAUAAAAGCACCGGGAAUGUCAGCUAUGGAGAAAAGAGCCAGAGAACGAGAGGAGCGUAAAAGAAUUCUAGAGGAGAAAAAAAGAAUGCAAGACGAGGAACGAUUGACUAAAAUUAAACUAGAAGAAGAGCAACGACGCUUGCAAGAAUAUGCAGCAAAACAAACAAGAAUUGAGAAAUUGAAAGACGAGAAGAGACAAACUAAACAGAGAGAAAUUGAGAAACAGCAACGAAUUGAACAUAUGGCUAAAAUUAAUUAUCAAGCAGAAUUAUUCCGUUAUCGUUUAUUAUUAACCAAAUACGGUGUAGAUCCAAUGAAAAAAUUGGUGAAGAUGACGAAAAGAAACCUCGAUUUAGCAGCUCAGCAUGACAUGCAGCGAAUUAAGAAGUUUACUUUAAUAGCUUGGCAUAAAGUAGCAGAAAUAGCAAGACUACAAAAGGAGGCAGUUGCUGAUGAUUUUUACUGUAUGAUUAUUACUCGAAAGUAUCAUAAGUUAUGGAUUCAAUAUGUUAAAGAGGCGAGAAAUCAAUACGUUAUUGCUCAAGAACACAAUCAGAAGAGAUUAUUACAGUUAUAUAUGCAGAAAUGGAAGAAAUUCACUCAUGAAGAAGUCUUGUUCUAUUGGGAAAAAGACAGAAGGGCGAAGAAGCAUGAUCAACGGAGAUUGAAACUAGCCAUGUUAAAAAAUUGGCGAGAGUUUGUGCCCUUACACAGGAAAGAGAAAGAAAAGAAUAGAAGAAAAGAAGAAUUGAGAAGAAAAGUGACAAAUUGGCUGCCAGAUUUUUCUUGGACGAAUAAAUCGGACGAUGAACAACCAAAUGAAGAAAAUAAUUAA